AUGUGCAGGUGUGGUGUGGUGCAGUGUGGUGUGGUGUGGUGCAGUGUGGUGCAGUGUGGUGCGGUGUGGUGUGGUGCAGUGUGGUGGGGUGUGGUGUGGUGCAGUGUGGUGUGGUGUGGUGUGGUGCGGUGUGGUGUGGUGUGGUGCAGUGUGGUGCGGUGUGGUGCGUGUGGUGCGGUGUGGUGUGGUGCAGUGUGGUGUGGUGGGUGCGGUGUGAGUGUGGUGGUGUGGGGGUGGUGGUGUGGUGUGGUGGGGUGUGGUGGGUGUGGGGUGUGUGGUGUGGUGGGUGUGGUGGGUGGGUGUGGUGGGUGGGGUGGUGUGGGUGUGGUGGUGUUGUGGGUGUGGUGGGUGGUGGUGUGGGUGGUGUGGUGGGUGUGGUGUGGUGGGUGUGGUGGGUGGGGUGGUGGUGUGGUGGGGUGUGGGGUGUGGUGUGGUGGGUGGUGGUGGGUGGUGUGGUGGGGUGGUGGGUGGUGGUGUGGGGUGUGGUGUGGUGGUGUGGGGUGUGUGGUGUGGUGUGGUGUGGGUGGUGUGGUGGGGUGUGGUGUGGUUGUGGGGUGGUGUGGUGUGGUGUGGGUGUGGUGGGUGUGGUGUGGUGGGGUGGGUGUGGUGUGGGUGGUGGGUGGUGGUGGUGUGGUGGGUGUGGUGUGGGUGUGGGUGGUGGGGUGUGGUGUGGGUGUGGGUGGGGUGUGGUGUGGUGGGGUGUGGUGGGUUGUGGUGGGGUGUGGUGGGGUGGGUGUGGUGGUGGGUGUGGUGUGGUGGUGUGGUGUGGUGGGGUGUGGUGUGGUGUGGUGUGGUGUGGUGUGGUUGGGUGGGUGGUGGUGGUGGGUGUGGUGUGGGUGUGUGGGUGGUGUGGUGGGGUGGUGGUGGGGUGUGGGUGGUGGUGGGGUGGGUGUGGGCAGUGUGGGGUGUGGGGGUGUGGGUGGUGGGUGGUGUGGGGGGUGUGGUGGGGUUGUGGUGUGGUGUGGUGGGGUGUGGGUGUGGUGGGUGGGGUGGUGGUGGGUGCGUGGUGUGUGUGGUGUUGCGGUGUGGUGCGGUGUGGUGUGGUGCAGUGUGGUGGGGUGUGGUGUGGUGCAGUGUGGUGUGGUGUGGUGUGGUGCGGUGUGGUGUGGUGUGGUGCAGUGUGGUGCGGUGUGGUGCAGUGUGGUGCGGUGUGGUGUGGUGCAGUGUGGUGUGGUGCGGUGUGGUGUGGUGCAGUGUGGUGCAGUGUGUGUGGUGCAGUGUGGUGCGGUGUGGUGUGGUGUGGUGCAGUGUGGUGCGGUGUGGUGCGGUGUGGUGUGGUGCAGUGUGGUGCGGUGUGGUGUGGUGCAGUGUGGUGUGGUGCAGUGUGGUGUGUUGUGGUGUGGUGUGGUGUGUGUGGUGCGGUGUGAUGUGAUGUGGUGUGGUGCGGUGUGGUGUGGUGCGGUGCGGUGUUGUGUGGUGCGGUGGUGUUGUGUGGUGUUGUGUGGUGCGGUGUGGUGUGGUGCGGUGUUGGUGUGGUGUGGUGCAGUGUGGUGCAGUGUGGUGCGGUGCGGUGUGGUGUGGUGUGGUGCAGUGUGGUGUGGUGCGGUGUGGUGUGGUGCAGUGUGGUGUGGUGCAGUGUGGUGCAGUGUGGUGCAGUGUGGUGUGGUGUGGUGUGGUGUGGUGUGGUGCAGUGUGGUGUGGUGUGGUGUGGUGCGGUGUGGUGUGGUGCAGUGUGGUGUGGUGUGGUGUGGUGUGGUGUGGUGCAGUGUGGUGUGGUGCAGUGUGGUGUGGUGUGGUGUGGUGUGGUGUGGUGCGGUGUGGUGUGGUGCAGUGUGGUGCAGUGUGGUGGGGUGUGGUGCAGUGUGGUGUGGUGUGGUGCGGUGUGGUGUGGUGCAGUGUGGUGUGGUGCAGUGUGGUGUGGUGUGGUGUGGUGCAGUGUGGUGUGGUGUGGUGUGGUGUGGUGUGGUGCAGUGUGGUGUGGUGUGGUGCAGUGUGGUGUGGUGUGGUGUGGUGUGGUGCAGUGUGGUGUGGUGUGGUGCGGUGUGGUGCAGUGUGGUGCAGUGUGGUGGGGUGUGGUGUGGUGCAGUGUGGUGUGGUGCGGUGUGGUGUGGUGCAGUGUGGUGCAGUGUGGUGGGGUGUGGUGUGGUGCAGUGUGGUGUGGUGUGGUGUGGUGCAGUGUGGUGUGGUGCAGUGUGGUGUGGUGUGGUGCAGUGUGGUGUGGUGUGGUGUGGUGUGGUGUGGUGCAGUGUGGUGUGGUGUGGUGCAGUGUGGUGUGGUGUGGUGUGGUGUGGUGCAGUGUGGUGUGGUGUGGUGCGGUGUGGUGCAGUGUGGUGCAGUGUGGUGGGGUGUGGUGUGGUGCAGUGUGGUGUGGUGCGGUGUGGUGUGGUGCAGUGUGGUGCAGUGUGGUGGGGUGUGGUGUGGUGCAGUGUGGUGUGGUGUGGUGCAGUGUGGUGUGGUGCAGUGUGGUGCGGUGUGGUGUGGUGCAGUGUGGUGUGGUGUGGUGCGGUGUGGUGUGGUGCAGUGUGGUGUGGUGUGGUGUGGUGCAGUGUGGUGUGGUGUGUUGUGGUGUGGUGCAGUGUGGUGUGGUGUGGUGCGGUGUGGUGUGGUGUGGUGCAGUGUGGUGUGGUGCAGUGUGGUGCGGUGUGGUGUGGUGCAGUGUGGUGUGGUGCGGUGUGUGUGUGGUGCAGUGUGGUGCGGUGUGGUGUGGUGCAGUGUGGUGCGGUGUGGUGCAGUGUGGUGUGGUGCAGUGUGGUGUGGUGCAGUGUGGUGUGGUGUGGUGCAGUGUGGUGCGGUGUGGUGUGGUGUGGUGCAGUGUGGUGCGGUGUGGUGCAGUGUGGUGCAGUGUGGUGCGGUGUGGUGUGGUGUGGUGCAGUGUGGUGCGGUGUGGUGCGGUGUGGUGUGGUGCAGUGUGGUGCGGUGUGGUGUGGUGCAGUGUGGUGUGGUGCAGUGUGGUGUGUUGUGGUGUGGUGUGGUGUGGUGUGGUGUGGUGCGGUGUGGUGUGGUGUGGUGCAGUGUGGUGUGGUGCAGUGUGGUGUGGUGCAGUGUGGUGUGGUGCAGUGUGGUGUGGUGCAGUGCGGUGUGGUGUGGUGCAGUGUGGUGUGGUGCAGUGUGGUGUGGUGCAGUGUGGUGUGGUGUGGUGUGGUGCAGUGUGGUGCGGUGUGGUGCAGUGUGGUGCAGUGUGGUGCAGUGUGGUGCAGUGUGGUGCAGUGUGGUGGUGUGGUGCAGUGUGGUGCGGUGUGGUGCAGUGUGGUGCAGUGUGGUGUGGUGCGGUGUGGUGUGGUGCAGUGUGGUGCAGUGUGGUGUGGUGUGGUGCAGUGUGGUGCGGUGUGGUGUGGUGUGGUGCAGUGUGGUGUGGUGUGGUGCAGUGUGGUGUGGUGUGUUGUGGUGUGGUGCAGUGUGGUGUGGUGUGGUGUGGUGCGGUGCAGUGUGGUGUGGUGCAGUGCGGUGUGGUGCAGUGUGGUGUGGUGCAGUGUGGUGCAGUGUGGUGUGGUGCAGUGUGGUGUGGUGCAGUGUGGUGCGGUGUGGUGCAGUGUGUGUGGUGCGGUGUGGUGUGGUGCAGUGUGGUGCGGUGUGGUGUGGUGUGGUGUUGUGCAGUGUGGUGCGGUGUGGUGCAGUGUGGUGCGGUGUGGUGUGGUGUGGUGCAGUGUGGUGCGGUGCAGUGUGGUGUGGUGUGGUGCGGUGUGGUGUGGUGUGGUGCAGUGUGGUGUGGUGUGGUGCAGUGUGGUGUGGUGUGGUGCAGUGUGGUGUGGUGUGGUGUGGUGCAGUGUGGUGUGGUGUAGUGUGGUGUGGUGUGGUGUGGUGCAGUGUGGUGCGGUGCAGUGUGGUGCGGUGUGGUGUAAUGCGGUGUGGUGUGGUGCCGUGUGGUGUGGUGUGGUGCAGUGUGGUGUGGUGUGGUGCAGUGUGGUGUGGUGCCGUGUGGUGCAGUGUGGUGUGGUGCAGUGUGGUGUGGUGCGGUGUGGUGUGGUGCAGUGUGGUGUGGUGUGGUGCAGUGUGGUGCAGUGUGGUGUGGUGUGGAGCAGUGUGGUGUGGUGUGGUGCAGUGUGGUGUGGUGUGGUGCAGUGUGGUGUGGUGCGGUGUGGUGUGGUGCAGUGUGGUGUGGUGUGGUGCAGUGUGGUGUGGUGCAGUGUGGUGUGGUGUGGUGUGGAGCAGUGUGGUGUGGUGUGGUGCAGUGUGGUGUGGUGUGGUGCAGUGUGGUGUGGUGUGGUGCAGUGUGGUGUGGUGCGGUGUGGUGUGGUGUGGUGCAGUGUGGUGUGGUGUGGUGCAGUGUGGUGUGGUGCAGUGUGGUGUGGUGUGGUGCAGUGUGGUGUGGUGUGGUGCAGUGUGGUGUGGUGCAGUGUGUGUGGUGCGGUGUGGUGUGGUGCAGUGUGGUGUGGUGUGGUGCAGUGUGGUGCGGUGUGGUGCAGUGUGGUGCAGUGUGGUGCGGUGUGGUGUGGUGUGGUGCGGUGUGGUGUGGUGCGGUGUGGUGUGGUGUGGUGUGGUGUGGUGUGGUGCAGUGUGGUGCAGUGUGGUGUGGUGUGUGGUGCGGUGUGGUGUGGUGCAGUGUGGUGUGGUGUGGUGCAGUGUGGUGCAGUGUGGUGCGGUGUGGUGCAGUGUGGUGCAGUGUGGUGUGGUGUGGUGCAGUGUGGUGUGGUUUGGUGCAGUGUGGUGCGGUGUGGUGUGGUGCGGUGUGGUGUGGUGCGGUGUGGUGUGGUGCAGUGUGGUGCGGUGUGGUGUGGUGUGGUGCAGUGUGGUGCAGUGUGGUGUGGUGUGGUGUGGUGCAGUGUGGUGCAGUGUGGUGUGGUGCAGUGUGGUGCAGUGUGGUGUGGUGUGGUGUGGUGCAGUGUGGAGCGGGGUGGUGUGGUGCAGUGUGGUGCAGUGUGGUGCUGUGCGGUGUGGUGUGGUGUGGUGCAGUGUGGUGUGGUGUGGUGUGGUGUGGUGCAGUGCGGUGUGGUGUGGUGCAGUGUGGUGCAGUGUGGUGUGGUUUGGUGCAGUGUGGUGCGGUGUGGUGUGGUGUGGUGCGGUGUGGUGCGGUGCGGUGUGGUGCAGUGUGGUGUGGUGCAGUGUGGUGUGGUGUGGUGUGGUGCAGUGUGGUGUGGUGUGGUGCAGUGUGGUGUGGUGCGGUGUGGUGUGGUGUGGUGUGGUGCAGUGUGGUGUGGUGCAGUGUGGUGCGGUGUGGUGUGGUGCAGUGUGGUGUGGUGUGGUGCAGUGUGGUGCGGUGUGGUGCAGUGUGGUGCAGUGUGGUGUGGUGUGGUGUGGUGCGGUGCGGUGUGGUGCGGUGUGGUGUGGUGUGGUGUGGUGUGGUGUGGUGUGGUGCAGUGUGGUGCAGUGUGGUGUGGUGCAGUGUGGUGCGGUGUGGUGUGGUGUGGUGUGGUGUGGUGCGGUGUGGUGCAGUGUGGUGCAGUGUGGUGCGGUGUGGUGCAGUGUGGUGCAGUUUGGUGUGGUGUGGUGCAGUGUGGUGUGGUUUGGUGCAGUGUGGUGCGGUGUGGUGUGGUGCGGUGUGGUGUGGUGCGGUGUGGUGUGGUGCAGUGUGGUGCGGUGUGGUGUGGUGUGGUGCAGUGUGGUGUGGUGUGGUGCAGUGUGGUGUGGUGUGGUGUGGUGUGGUGCAGUGUGGUGCAGUGUGGUGUGGUGCAGUGUGGUGCAGUGUGGUGUGGUGUGGUGUGGUGCAGUGUGGUGCGGUGUGGUGUGGUGCAGUGUGGUGCUGUGUGGUGCUGUGCGGUGUGGUGUGGUGUGGUGCAGUGUGGUGUGGUGUGGUGCAGUGCGGUGUGGUGUGGUGCAGUGUGGUGCAGUGUGGUGUGGUUUGGUGCAGUGUGGUGCGGUGUGGUGUGGUGUGGUGCGGUGUGGUGCGGUGCGGUGUGGUGCAGUGUGGUGUGGUGCAGUGUGGUGUGGUGCGGUGUGGUGUGGUGCAGUGUGGUGUGGUGCGGUGUGGUGCAGUGUGGUGUGGUGUGGUGCAGUGUGGUGUGGUGCGGUGUGGUGUGGUGCAGUGUGGUGUGGUGUGGUGCAGUGUGGUGCAGUGUGGUGUGGUUUGGUGCAGUGUGGUGCGGUGUGGUGUGGUGUUGUGUGGUGUGGUGCAGUGUGGUGCAGUGUGGUGUGGUUUGGUGUGGUGUGGUGCGGUGUGGUGUGGUGCAGUGUGGUGUGGUGCAGUGUGGUGCGGUGCGGUGUGGUGCGGUGUGGUGCGGUGCGGUGCAGUGUGGUGUGGUGCAGUGUGGUGCGGUGCGGUGUGGUGCAGUGUGGUGUGGUGCAGUGUGGUGUGGUGCGGUGUGGUGUGGUGCAGUGUGGUGUGGUGUGGUGUGGUGCUGUGUGGUGUGGUGCGGUGUGGUGUGGUGCAGUGUGGUGUGGUGCGGUGUGGUGUGGUGCGGUGUGGUGUGGUGCAGUGUGGUGUGGUGUGGUGCAGUGUGGUGUGGUUUGGUGCAGUGUGGUGCGGUGUGGUGUGGUGUGGUGCGGUGUGGUGUGGUGCGGUGCGGUGUGGUGUGGUGUGGUGUUGUGCAGUGUGGUGCGGUGUGGUGUGGUGUGGUGCAGUGUGGUGUGGUGCAGUGUGGUGUGGUGUGGUGCAGUGUGGUGCGGUGUGGUGUGGUGUGGUGCGGUGUGGUGCAGUGUGGUGUGGUGUGGUGUGGCGCAGUGUGGUGUGGUGUGGUGCAGUGUGGUGUGGUGCGGUGUGGUGCAGUGUGGUGUGGUGCAGUGUGGUGCGGUGUGGUGCAGUGUGGUGUGGUGUGGUGCAGUGUGGUGUGGUGUGGUGCGGUGUGUCGUGCAGUGUGGUGGUGUGGUGUGGUGCAGUGUGGUGUGGUGCAGUGUGGUGCAGUGUGGUGCGGUGUGGUGCAGUGUGGUGUGGUGUGGUGCAGUGUGGUGUGGUGUGGUGCGGUGUGGUGCAGUGUGGUGUGGUGCAGUGUGGUGUGGUGCAGUGUGGUGCAGUGUGGUGCGGUGUGGUGCAGUGUGGUGCAGUGUUGUGUGGUGUGGUGCAGUGUUGUGUGGUUUGGUGCAGUGUGGUGCGGUGUGGUGCAGUGUGGUGCGGUGUGGUGCAGUGUGGUGUGGUGCGGUGUGGUGCGGUGUGUGUGGUGCAGUGUGGUGUGGUGCAGUGUGGUGCAGUGUGGUGCGGUGUGGUGUGGUGUGGUGCAGUGUGGUGCGGUGUGGUGUGGUGCGGUGUGGUGCAGUGUGGUGUGGUGUGGUGCAGUGUGGUGUGGUGCGGUGUGGUGUGGUGCAGUGUGGUGUGGUGCAGUGUGGUGCGGUGUGGUGUGGUGUGGUGCGGUGUGGUGUGGUGUGGUGCGGUGUGGUGUGGUGUGGUGUGGUGCGGUGUGGUGUGGUGCAGUGUGGUGUGGUGCGGUGUGGUGCAGUGUGGUGUGGUGCAGUGUGGGGUAA